AUGUCAGUUCCAACAGCAGGCGAGGACUUAAAGCAGCCAUCUCCGGGGAAAACUAUCGCCGAUGGGCACUGUUCUCCUGCAAAAACAGGUACAUUUUGUCAUGAAUUAAGUUUUCCCGCCAAUUUGUCGGACGCUUGUGCUCCUGCGGAUGUAGCCGUGUUUUACUGUCCCGUUAUUGGUUUUAAUCGCCGCGUUGCUAGUUAG